AUGUACAAGGGUAUUGAUAGAUUGUCUGGUAGAUUUGGUGCCCUCUGGGAAGGCAGACAAUGCAAGGAGUUUGAGGAAGGAGUUGAAUUGUAUCAGCUGGCACUGGAUAGGUUGGAAGGGAAGAAGGACAAGAGGAGUAAGGAAGGGAAGGAGACAGAGAAGAAAGAGGAUAAGAAGAUGAAGACAGGAAACGAGGAGAAGGGGAAAAGAAAACACUCAUCAUCAUGGUUGGGUGAGAUGGGAUUUAUGGCUUCCCCUAGAUUUGGUAGAAUUGUCAGACACUUAAAGGCUUUUGCCAGUAACAGCCAUAGGAUACAGGUCCAUAUGUCACCCAGAGCAUGUGAAGCAGGAAUUUUUGAUGUGAGGUUCAUGUCACAAGACCUUUGUGUCACCACAGGGAUCCUGUAUGCAGUGCUGGGUGUUAGAUAUGGAUCACAGAGCUACAAUAGCACCUUGAGUUCUGGAGAAUUGGUACCGAUGCCUGAGAAAAUGAAUAUGAAAAGAGGUCCAUCUAAACCCACAGGAUAUAGUCUUACGGCAGGUGAAGAUAGGAUGGUAUGGUUUUGGGACCUCUCAGCUGCUGAAAGAUCCAGUACUGUUUCUGGACUUCAUCUUGAAGCUGAUCGACCACAUUAUAGGUAG